UUAUUCGAUUAUUGUCACCGCUCUCCAACCAUACACUGUCCCUUCAGACUCCUUUCCCAAGUGAGUCCACCAAAAGAGGCUGAGUGUCCAUCAGGAUGUAGUCUAAGACCACAAGCCACCUUGUUCUACAUGAAAAGGCAGAAGCGAGAACAAGAGAGCAAGGGGAACAUUUAAAGUUUUGUUGGCAACCUCUUCAUCUAUGGAUUACUGGCUGGACACAAACAGGAAAAAGAGAUAUGAGGGGUCUGGAAGAUUACUCUAGUUGAUUGGCAAAGGGGGGGCUUGUUAAGAGGGAGGAGAACCCAGGUGAACUGGACAUUGCAGAGCACUGAAGGAUGGCAUCGCCUCUGCCCUGGCUGUACCUUAUUCUAUGGGUAGAAAGUACCCUAGGGAAACUUGAAGAUGAAGGAAACUUCUACUCCAAAAACAUCAGUCGUAUCCUGGACAACUUGCUUGAAGGCUAUGACAACCGGCUGCGGCCGGGAUUUGGAGGUGCUGUCACUGAAGUCAAAACAGACAUUUAUGUGACCAGUUUUGGGCCCGUGUCAGAUGUGGAGAUGGAGUACACAAUGGACGUUUUCUUUCGCCAGACUUGGACUGAUGAGAGGUUGAAGUUCGGGGGGCCAACUGAGAUUUUGAGUUUGAAUAACUUGAUGGUCAGUAAAAUCUGGACACCUGACACUUUUUUCAGGAAUGGCAAAAAAUCAAUUGCACACAAUAUGACAACCCCUAAUAAACUCUUCAGAAUAAUGCAGAAUGGAACCAUUUUAUAUACCAUGAGGCUUACCAUCAAUGCUGACUGUCCCAUGAGGUUGGUUAACUUUCCUAUGGAUGGGCAUGCUUGUCCACUCAAGUUUGGGAGUUAUGCUUACCCCAAAAGUGAAAUCAUAUAUACAUGGAAAAAAGGACCACUUUACUCAGUUGAAGUCCCAGAAGAAUCUUCAAGUCUCCUCCAGUACGAUUUGAUUGGACAAACCGUAUCUAGUGAGACAAUUAAAUCUAACACAGGUGAAUACGUAAUAAUGACAGUUUAUUUCCACUUGCAAAGGAAGAUGGGCUACUUCAUGAUACAGAUAUACACUCCUUGCAUUAUGACGGUCAUUCUUUCCCAAGUGUCUUUCUGGAUUAAUAAGGAAUCUGUCCCGGCUAGAACUGUCUUUGGGAUCACCACUGUUUUAACCAUGACCACAUUAAGCAUCAGUGCCCGGCACUCCUUGCCAAAAGUGUCGUAUGCAACCGCUAUGGAUUGGUUCAUAGCUGUUUGCUUUGCUUUCGUCUUCUCAGCUCUUAUUGAGUUCGCGGCUGUCAACUACUUUACCAAUCUUCAGACACAGAAGGCCAAAAGGAGGGCACAGAUUGCAGCCUCACCCCCAGUGACAAUAUCAAAAGCCAGAGAACCGUUGGAAGCUGAGAUUGUUUUGCAUCCUGAUUCCAAGUAUCAUCUGAAGAAAAGAAUCACCUCUCUGCCUUUGCCAAUAGUUCCAUCCCCGGAGGCCUGUAAAGUCCUCACCAGAGCUCCUGUCUUACAAACAACACCUGUCACACCCCCACCACUCUCUCCAGCCUUUGGAGGCACCAGUAAAAUAGACCAGUAUUCUCGGAUUCUCUUCCCAGUUGCAUUUGCAGGAUUUAACCUUGUAUACUGGGUAGUUUACCUUUCCAAAGACACGAUGGAAGUGAGCAGCAGUGUUGAAUAGCUUGAAGCCAGGACAACUUGUAUUCUGUAAGUUCUCAUUUUCUGAAAUUUUUUAAAUAGCAUUAACACUUGUAUAGAUGCUUUUCUGAACAUUGAAAAUCUGUAACACAUAGCUUUGAGUAAGCACGUAUGGGCCAAAAAACACUAAUGUUACUCCUCAAAACUAGAAGUUGAAGGUUGUUGAAAAUAUGACUUUUCUGUAUGUUAGAGAAAAAAUUUGUAAGAGAAUAAGAUGGACUCAAGAUGAAUUUGCCAAUCUUUGUCCUUCAUUGUUCAAUAUUUUAAUUGUCACUGUGAAUAGCAUUUACCACAAAGAAGAUAAAAUAUGAAAUGCUGACACUUCCAAAGUUUGCCUUAAACUAUGUUUAUUUCGGCUUAGUUGUCAAAGAGAGCAAAAUAUAAAUAGUCUAAAUAUUUAUCAAUAGGUUAAUACCAGCAUGUUGGAGGCCCUUAUGCUAAUAAAAUAGCUUUCAGUGUCAAGCCUGUAUUGAGCUUAGCCAUUUGUUGUGAUGCUAUUUUACCUCAAUAAAUGAAUGAAUGAAUGAAUGAAUAAAUAAAUAAAUAAACAAACAAAUAAAUAAAUAAGUAUGCAUAUGUACAUAGCUUUAGUUGGACUGCAAUACAGUGCUGUUUUAUCUCAGUAAGCUCUCCUUUCAAAAUAAUAUGCUUAUCAUAAUCCCAUGAAAUUGUAGAAAAAAUUGUAACUGUAAUGAAGCCUUGUUCUAUUAUGACUGCGGCUAUAUCUCAUAUUUUCUACCUUUCUAUGUAUACCACUAAAGAAAACAAUAAACAUG